AUGUAUUGCCAAAAAUGCCGGACUCCUUUGAAGCUGGACAGCUCUUUAGAGGAUCUCAACCCAGCGGCGUUUGACUUGUUAGUUGGCGCCUCUUCACCACAGCAACUUAGAAACAUUCCCUCCUCCCGACCCGCAUAUCCUCAAGAGCGCAAACAGCUCUAUGACCGAGUAUCUCAGAAUGCCGGCUCCCCAGUCUUUAAACGAACUAUAGGCUCUCCGCGCAGAAGCGACCAUACCUCCUCCGAUAUCACACGGAGCGGACUCGGCAACCCAGCUAUGUCGUUCGUUAUGCUCACAGAGUCACAAGUGGUGCCUCCAGCUACAGUCAAACCGCCCGAAAACACGAAACCCAAAAGCCAACUAUACGAGAGCAAAACAGGUUUGGACGGGGCACAGGAUCGCGGGAAGGCCAUGUCCCAGGAUAUGGAGAGAGCCUCUAGACUCUUUGAGAUACUAUCUGCAAGAUCAGAUAUUGACCAUCCAGUAUGUACAGAGUGUACGGAUCUCUUAGUCUCAGGCCUGCAACAACGGCUGGAAGCUGCUACAAAAGAACGAGAUGCCUACGUAGGCUUCCUCAAACAAGUCAACGCAUCAGCACCAACAGAGGAAGAAAUAAAUGAAUCCCAGGUCGCCCUGGCCAAAGCUCGUAAGGAGGAGCAAGAAGCUAUCGCCGAGCUCAGAAAGCUUGAAGCCGAGAAGGCAGCCGUGGACGAAGAGAUCGCCGCUCUUGAAGAAGAAGCUCGAGCCCUGGACAUCGAAGAAGAGGAUUUCUGGCGUUCUCGGAACGAUUUCGCUAUGAAGCUGGCCGAGUUCCAAAACGUGCGAGAUAGCGUGAACCUCCAAUAUGACCACGACACCCAACUCCUUGAGAAACUGCAACGUACAAAUGUUUACAACGACACCUUCUGCAUAUCCCACGACGGGAAGUUCGGGACUAUUAACGGCCUACGCUUAGGCCGUCUCUCGAACGUACCUGUCGACUGGCCAGAGAUAAACGCCGCCUGGGGCCACACAGUGCUACUGCUACAAACAGUCGCCGACAGACUUGGCUUCAAAUUCCAAAACUACGAGCUCCAAGCCAUGGGAUCAACGUCUCGCAUAAUCAAGCACGAGAUCUUCGCCCCCAGCAGCUCGCGCACAUCGACCCGGCCACCCAAGCGGCACAUCCUCGAGCUAUAUUCCUCAGGUGACAUGCCCCUCGGUCUAACGUUCAUGCACCGCCGCUUCGACGUCGCCAUGGUUGCAUUCCUCGAAUGCCUGCGGCAGCUCGGCGCGUUUGUCGAGCAAGAGAGCGCAAGGGGUGGGGAAGCAGGAGGCAGGGGGCUGGCGCUGCCGUAUAGGAUCGAGGGAGAGAGGAUUGGGGACGUGAGCAUCAAGCUGGGGAUUGCGCAAGAUGACGCGUGGAGCCGGGCGUGCAAGUUCACGUUGACGUGCUGUAAGUUCUUGUUGGCGCAUGCCAGUAAUGUUAAUGCUGCUGGGGGGAGCAGGAGGUGA